AUGGAGAGUGUUGUAGUUACAUUGCCUGGUCACCUCGUCGAGACCAACACCGAGGCCGACAUUAUCUACGAGUGGCCCAAGGACAUUGCCGGGAACCUUAACAUUGUAGUCUUUGUCGUGCCUCUGACCAUUCUGAAGCUGAUGACAGGAAUCCAGAAAGCGAAUACUCUGCUUCCAUGGAACUUGUCUGACAGGAUCAUCAUUCAAACCGUCAUUAUUCUCGAUGGAUCGGGUAUUCGGAAUCUCAAAUCCAUCCCCGGCAAUUACGUCGCGGCGAUCGACAUCUUGGACCUGGACAACGUCAAGUGGCCCGGUGAACCCAACGAAACGCAGCCUAUUGUCGGUCUUCGCUACGUCAAGAUCAGGCCCAGCAAAAGAAGAAGCUACUAG